CCGUCUGAGUCAGUUCGGUUUGCAGUAGAGCUGCGUCUCGUAGUACGUCCAUGUCUCAGUUCAAGCCAUACUGUGCCUCAUAUAACUGGAAAGGCCAAAUCGCUUUGUUACCUCGGCUAUUACAUUGCAGAUUUCCGAUAGGCUUUUCAGCUCUGGUAUAGACAAGUGCUGUUUUACUGGUAGUUGUUUGCAUAAAGUUCGUGUGAAAUCGCGAUUUACUUAUUGGGCUCUUGCGGUUGAGUUGCACUUAAGUGGUUAUCAGUCACACUCACUAACGGUAGUUCCCGACUCGGAUUCUCUUUUGCGGUUGUCCCAUUGUUCCACAGAUCUAAAGUUCGUUGCAAACGAGCUAAGUCCUCUGUUGGCAGAAUUGUUCCUAGAGUUUACAUAAUUAAUCCGAUUGUGUGUCAGUGUUAGUGUUAAUUGCUUUUUAUUCUUGGAAAGCGUUUCGUGUGGUGGUCGGAUGAAUCAACAAGAAAGGUAACAUGAAUUAAGUCACCUUUGUUGAGCGCGUGUAUCACCAGUACCAGCACUACAACAGCGGCCGUACACGCAAAGCUGAAGGCGAUUGGUAAAUAACAGCACAGGAAACGGGCUUACCUGUGUAUGUGGGUAACUGUUUGCUAAAAAGAGCAUUCGGAAAAGUGCACCGCCAAAGAUGUGUGAUAUACGACUCAAACGAGUACAAGAAAGUUGAUCAUUGAUUAAGGUUGAGUGCGCCGUGCGUUUUUCUUGUGAAAUGUGCAGCAUUCGGUGAUCUACUUUAAUGUUUCCACGUCAAUUUGUUGGCGCGACAGAGUCGGAAAAUAGUGAUACAUAAAUCGAAUGAUUCACGUUUAGAAAGAGGGUUAAGCCGAGCGAAACCAAGAAAACGACAACAAAGGUCAUUGAGCGUAAAUAUUUUUAUUCGUUUGUCGUCUUACGUGCAGUGUGAAAAAAGGCGAAUCACGUCGCGACGACGAUUGUGUAUUUUUAUGCAAGGGUUCUUGGCAGAUUCAAGGAAUAUCGCGGUAGAACGAGUGUCAGAAAUUUUGAUGGUUGCACACUGAUGGAAUAACAACUAUGACAUGGGAUCCUGUUCGAGACGACAUUUUUUGUUGUCAAUAUGCUUUCUGCAAUUGUUAUUCGUCAUCGAACGCCAGGUGUUCGACUUCCUCGGGUUUAUGUGGGCACCGAUACUGGUGAACUUCUUUCAUAUAAUAUUUGUGAUAUUUGGAUUCUUCGGUGCCUAUCAAUAUCGUCCAAAAUAUUUAAUAACGUACUCACUAUGGAAUCUUCUAUGGAUAGGAUGGAACGUAUUUUUAAUAUGCUUUUAUUUAAACACAGGGAUUUUAGAUAGGGAUAGUGACUUAUUAAAUAUGGGCACCGGAAGCGUGUCGUGGUUCGAGGUAAACGGCUAUGGCUGCAAGCCAACCUAUCCGACGAACAUCACUUCGGAGGAUCCGUACCGACCAGUGAGGCCCGAGCGGGUCGAUGGCUGUGUUCUGGAGUAUCACAUAGUGGAAAUUGUUCAUUCCAGUAUACAAUGUGCGCUAGCGAUACUUGGUUUCUUUGGAGCCAUCUGUCUGGGGCAUACGUAUCUAGACGAGGACGAUAGCUUCGACUUUAUGGGUGGUGAUGCGAAAAGUCCCCAGCACACGGCAGUGCAUCCAAUGUACGUGAGCUAUGCUAGUUUACCGACCACGAAUAGCGCCACAUCAACACAACUAAAGCAAGCAAUCGCUGCAAAACCCGCUCCAUCAGCCACGGUCAUCACGGCCAACAACCAUAACAGUAGUAGUACCCAUUGCCUCAAUAACACUAGCGUUAAGCUCGGUGUUGUACUCAUGUCGAUUAACGGUCACAGUAACAGGAAUGCAAACUCAUCCUCAAACACUAACACACUACUGUCGUCAUCCUCGUCACCGUCAUCGACGUUCACCAAUUGCAACGGAAACGGUAGCGAUAGUAUUGGCAACGGCAUACCACCAUCCGCACUCGGUGGACAGAUACACGAAGCACACGUGCCACUACACCAACAGCCACUUCCACACCCGCUCAGUCGAAAUUCUAGCUUUAGUAAGACCCGCAGUGGGCAACUACGUAAGAAUAGCAGUAGUAUCAGUGUUCGAUACACCGACGUUAUUCAGCAGCAACAACAUGAUGAUGAGCUGAUAAUCGCCAACGAGGACGAUACCUUUUUCAUCCCGAAGAGCUCGUCUUGUCGAAAUAACUUCGGCAUCAGUAAUCCUUUUAACAACGUCUCCAGUCGGUACUAUCGCGAUGGCGAUGGUGAUCCACGAGCUGACGACGAUGACGAUAACAGUUGUCUAAUCACCGGUUCCUCCCAGCAACUAUCCCUUUCGACACCGCUGAAACGAAUUCCCUCAGUUACAUCGAGCAACGCCGGGAUUGGCACAGGAAACAACACAACGACACCAACGAACGAAAAUAGCUCAAUAGCUUUCGAACGAAAUUUUUCCCAUGGGCUUCGACAUGAUUUCAACGCUCAUCAGCACAGGAUAGGACUUAAGCCUCAUCAAUCAGUACAACCAUUGCCACCACCAGUGCCCCCACUGCCGCAGUUGCACCUUCAGCAGCAUUUCGAUGGCACGGAAAAUUAUCGAAUGCCGUAUCAGUAUAUAACACGAUCUCCGAAUUUAAAUCGCAUCGCUAGACGAAAUAACGCGAAUUUAAUCAACAACAAUAAUAGCAAUAAUAACAGUAGUAACAGCACUCGUGUAAUGAGUCCAAAAUAUUGCGACCAAAUCCGCGAACAGGGAGGACCCCCAGGUUAUCCCGGCCACGAGAACAACAACUAUCCGGCACCGCCACCACCACCCUCGGUUGCAUCGGUUGGUGGCGGAUAUCCGGUUUCGGUUAUGCACCGAGCAAAGUCCCAGGAUCGACUGUCGCAUCGUAGCCGUCGGCAUCACGGUGGGGCUCGUGGUCCCUACGGUGCCCAGCAGCAGCGGCCCCGGUCCUUUUGCAGCAAUAACGGAGUCUAUCCGGACUAUGUGAUCAUGGAACAUCCUGGCAGUUAAAAAAAACAGGAAUGGUUUGCCAGGACACAGUUCCAACCCAGUCUGAUUUUUUUUGUGUUUAUUCUUUUAGUGCGGCUCUGAUGUUUUGUUUCAGAUGUGAAAUAGUGACGGGCGCCCGUCUGUCUACGAUGGUGGGCGCAUGUAAGUGUAAUCGUACAAUUGGUUCCGGCUUGAAUGGCAAUCGCUGGCCGUGUAAAAUUAUAGUCAGCUUGCAAGACAUGAAGCAAUUUGUGUCGAUUCUAAUUCAAUUUUCAAUGGCAGCUGGGUUCGUGAUGUUGAAUAUGAGUCAACGAUAUCGAUUCUAGUGAAAUUAUUAAAGCUUAUUAUUAAGCGACAAUCGAACAUUUUCGGAAUAGGGUUAGUUUGAUGACAAUUCAGUGAAUAUGUUAUAGUUUACCAAUAUGAGAUGGAUAAUUCAACGGGACUAGCUAAAAUAUGAUAAUUUGUUACUUAAUCUAAUACUUAAUAUUUGACCAAUUUGUCACGACGCCUAGUUGAAAUACUUUGUAGAUGUUUAUUAAUGGAAAAAAUACCUAGUAAAUCAAUGUAAAAAAUAUCUCUAGCUAAAACUACUUUUAACUUUGAAUUUAAUAUUGACCAGUGGAUUUGAAUUAAUCUAGCGUUAAAGACAACAUUUUCUUUGACCAUAUUACCUAAUUCAGAGGCACCUUAGAUUUUAGUUAAUAAAUGGCCUUUUUUCGAACACAUCGUAUGAAAUGAAAAAUACUAAGCAAUCCAGAGGUAGUCCGGUAUCGAAAUAAUAUUUGUUAUAUUCUUUGAAUUGUUCCAAAUUUUUUUCAUUUUUGUUAUUUUUGCAUUCCAAAGUAACACAUAUCUUAUAAAAAAAACUAACCUAUUGCAGCAGCCACGUCAAUAAUUGGAAGACAAACGAUUCAAAAUGUUCCAUUAGAAUUUAAAACCCUUUGCCUAUCUGGGACAAGCAAUUCGUUUUAUAUUAAAAUCAAUCAGAAAUCUUUUUGUUAUAUAUUCUAUUAAAUAAAAGAGGAAAGUAAAACGUGAAUUUAAAAUUACAUUUUCGGUAAAUCGAAAAACCAGUUCGUGAAUAAUGUGGGGCAUAUUUCCACUGAGCCCCUGCAAUUAAUGGGGAGGCACCAUGGUCGCCAUCAAUUUAUUUAUCGAGAAUUUUUACUUUAAAUUAUUUUUUCUCUAAUUUGUGGCACUAAGCUGAGCUAUUGAAAUAUUAUACCACUUUACCGUGAUUUAAAAAGACAGACAAUUUUUUUUCACAACUCUUAAAAAUUCUUGAAACAAACGGGUUAAAUAAAGUUCCUUAUGGUUUAGGAACUCCCAAUACCAAAUGUUUUGUUAGUUGAAAUCUCUUACACGAUUGUAAGCCAAUUAUCCCUUUCAAAAUUAUAAUCCAAUUAGCUUGAAGUAACUUUACCGAAGGAAUCAAAUUUCUAUGACUAUCCUUUGAAGCAGUGCAUGCACUAUAUUAUUGUCAUGCUAAUUAUAUUUCUUCAUGAGUAUAAUAAUAUUUUAGCUUGAUUAUUGGCAUACAAGGUGACAAGUAUUUUUUUUAAAUUUUAGAUCUUGUUCUAGUAAUUAGUAUGUUUACAAUAAUUAGCGUCAUCGAUUGUAUAUUCGCCAUGCAAAGCUGGUCAUUUCAGGUAUUUCGGUAGUGCUUAUUUUGCACCGUUUGAAAUACGCUUCAGUAAGCUUAACAACGCGCGUGAAUAAUGAUAACAUAACAGUCGGUACCUUAUUCAAUUGUCCGUGGAGAAUAAAAUAAAUGCAUAAUUGUCAUUUUAUUUGCUACAUAAAUACCAAAGUUAAUACACGAUACAUAAAACUUGUAUUACGCCAUCUUCAAUUACAUAGGUAUUACCAUAUCUAUUUCGACAAAUAUCUCGAGACACUAAAGGUAAAUUUCGUGACAUUGUAUUGUCUCUGGAAUGUCGUGUUUCGCCGGAAUAAAGAAACAAGGAAUAAUAAAAUCGUUCACAUAUCGUUUGAUUCAAUUAAAUAUAAGCAACGGUGGGCAGUCCGGAGCUGAAGCUGUUUGUUUACGAUCCGAGCAUUUCCAAAUUAAUUCAACAAAGGAUAAAUCUAUCAUAAAUUCUCGGUUGCCCAGAGCAAUAAACACAUGAUAACACUUCUGAGAGUUGCAUAGUUCCCUUAUCAAGGUGAAUCCAUAUUUAUGUAACUCUUUACUCCAUUUGUUGCACUAACAUUCCUUUCCUUCCCCGAUGACUGUAAGGAUGUGGCCGGCGCCGUUAUUGGCAUUUCAAGGUAUAGAACUCUCGAAACGUAGACAUGGAGAAUGGUUAGCUAUUCCUAGACCCCAUUCGUUGACUCUCUGUUCAAUUUCUCUUGUUCCGGUCAAUUACGGGGUAGCAGCUGCAAAUUGAAACAAACUGUUUCGUUAUUUUACUAAAUAUUUGUAUAUAAUUCGAAUAUGUUUGGAAAGGGCAAAUUUAUUCUUCAUGCAACUUUUGUUCGAUGAACGAAAAUAAGUUCGAGCCACCAUCGAAAUCGUUCAAUGUACGAACAAUAAAUUAGCCCUUUCCAAAAAUAUUCGUGCUAUAUACAAACACAGUUUUUCGCAAAAGUCCUUUUAUAUGCCAAAGACUUACAUACUUAAUUUUGUUCUACCGAAUCCCAGCGUUUUUCGCAACUUGUACCGAGUUUUGCACAGCCGAGCACUCAGCAAACAAAGCUUUUACCGAGAUCUCAGUAGAAGUGACGUUUGUCUUGCUGAAACUCCGAAAACAUGUCGCUGAGCAUCAGACACUUUGCUGAGUUAUCAGUUGGGAAUUUUUACUGACUGUUCAGAUGUGCGCAAAUUACCGAACUGCAUUGAGUGUGUAGACAAUUUUUGAUCAAGUUCUUUUGCACGGAUUUUGCAAUUAACACGGUUUUUGUUUUUAUUCCGAGACCUUAUAUGCAAAAUAUUUUUGGAAAAGUGAAAAAGGCGGAUCUUAAAGAUUCCUUCGGGCCCGAGCUUCAACAAUCUGGUUGCUUUUGGAACAGUAUUAACGAGUAGACGCCAAAUGUCUAUGUCUGAGGCCAUGUUGAAACCAAGAGAGUGACUUUCGGUUUCGUGGAAUUCUCUAAAACCCAAUCAAUAUGGGUAUUUUGGAAUGGGAUUGACGAGUAGAUGCCAAAUAUCGAUGUCUGAGGCCAUUUCGAAAACCAAGAUGGUCAUUUCAGUUUAGUAAAAUUUUCAAUUACCACAACAAUGUAAGAAUUUUUCGAAUGGCGUUGAUGAAUGAUACCGGACGUCAAUUGCCUGAUUUUGUCAACUUUUUGAUUCGAUUUUGAGCCUCACAUGAAAAUCCACUCGAUGAGCUCUAACAGACGAACCAAUUCAAAUCCGAGUAAAUCCACUCAUGAGCACAUUUUUCUUAUCUUAUAAAUGCAAAACAUUCAAAAUAAACGUAUAUUUUUGUUUUACACCGGAUAGUUACACUAAAUAAUCAGAACCAUCUUGGGUGUUAAAAUGACGUCAGUCCUCAUGCAAUUGCGUAUUUGUCAAUCAAAUUCUAAAACACUCCACGUUUUCUGAGUUAUACAGAAUAUCCCUAAGCCUAUAAUCGCCAUUCUGUAUUUCAAAAUGGCCUCAGACAUUGAUCUGUAUCGUGCGCUCAUUAGCCCCCCUCUGAAAAUAUGCAUACUGAUUGGGUUAUAGAAAAUUCCUUUAGAACGGAGGUUGCCAUCUUGGCAUUGCAAAUGGCCUCAGAAAUCGAUAUUUGGUGUCUACAGCCCGUUGCAAAAAUGUCCAUAUUGAUUGGGUUUUAGAUAAAUCCAAUGAACCGGAAGUCGCAUUUUGAUUUUCGAAAUGGCCUCAGACACCGAUAUUUGGCGUCUACUCAUUAAGCCCGUUCCAAAAAUAUCCAUAUUGAUUGAGUUUUGGAGAAUUCCAAUGUACCGGAAGUCGCCAUCUUGGUUUUAAAAAUGGCUUCAGACAUAGAUAUCUGACGUUUACUCACCAAGCCCGUUCCAAAAAUUCCAAAUUCGUGAAGCCCGUUCCAAAAAAUACCCACAUUAAUUGGGUUUUGGAGAAUUCCACUGAACCGGAAGUCGCCAUCUUGGUUUUCAAAAUUUCCACAGGCAUCGAUAUCUGGCGUCUACUAGUUAAUACUGUUCCGAAAACAACCAUAUUGUUGAAGUGCGGGCCAAAAGGACACCUCAAGAUCCGACUUUUUAAAAAAAAUUCUAAGGAAUUAGAGUAAAAACAGAAACCGUGUUGCUUGCAUAAUGCGUGCAAAAAAGCUUGUUCAAAAAUCGUCCAAGUCAUUUGCCUUCAAAAGGAAUUAGAACAUUUUAUAUAAAACUCCGAAAUCACCCCUUUACCUAAAAUCGUCUAACUCUUUUGCAUUGAAUGUAAUUCGUUUUUUGCACGGUUUUCGCAAUUAACGUGGGUUUUUGCACGGUUUUUUACACGAUGCGUAUCCCCCGUGUAAAAAACCUUAGUGUGUUUUAAUUUCUGUGUGGUGUGCGUGUCGGUUAUUUUGCUGUCUUUUGGCAUGAUGUGGGUUUUGAAUAAAAAAGGAAAAUUAUUUUCAAUAUGUAAUAUUAGAGAAUCUCGCAAAAUUAAAACAAAACGUAAUGCAAUUUUAAAUUUUUAUAUUGAAAUUAACUAAUUGACAAAACAAGCAUCUGUUUUGUCAUUUUUCUAAUCAAAUACCUUUCAGUGCAGAAUUAUAACAAUGAGCAACAUUCUUGAUUUAUCUCUAGAACAUUGAUAGCCUUGAAAGCUGCCUUUAUCCACAUUGUAACAAUAGUAAUAUUACUAUUAAACUUCUUGUAGUCACAGGCCUAAAUCACUUACAGUAACAAAUAUAUAAAAACUUCGCGAUUCUUUAGUUCUAGAUAAUGGUUGAACCAAAUAUGUUAGUAUCAUGAUUGUUAGAGUAACCACGUGCGUAUGUGGCCAAAAUUAAUCAUUAUUUUGCAAAACUAUUAAACUGUGUUAAUAUAUUUAUAGAUGUACACCGUAAAAAUGUUUAUGGAAUAAACACACGAACGGAGAUCUUAAUGGAAUGCACUUAGCACUUAACACAGGUUUUCUUCCAUUUAAUUUCACUAUGUAUAUUUAUAAUGAAUUGCACUUGCACUUUACUAGUAAAUAAUAGAUACUGGUAUUUCGACUACUACUUAUAGACCUCUUCUAUAUACUGAUACAAACACUAAAGAAGACUACAGGUAGUAGUCGAAAUAUCGGUAUUUAUUAUUUAAUAGUGAAGUACAAGUGCAAUUCAUUAUAAAGAAACUUGGUGGUAUAAAAUGGUUCAAACCCUGUUUUAUGUGCUAAUAUUUAUGUGUUAUUUUAGUCUAUCAUAGUAGUAUAAAAAUGUCACAGUUAUGACAUUUGGCAUAUUAGCAUAAGUUUUGAUAUUGCAUAAAACGAAUUGUUGUUCAUUGCAACUCGCCUUGAUCUCUAUUUCAACGCACCUCGGUAGGAGAAGAGUUGAAACUGAACGAACCAUGUUUUUAAAAUCAGUUUAUAACUACUUUGUUGUAAAUUAACACGUUUUAUUUUGAAAUAACUGAUAUUUUAUUUAAUAUUUAAGGAGAAUUGUUCUUAAAUACUAAAUCUUUCCCCCACAGUUCGCCGUUUUCAAGGACUACCAAAACUAGGAAUACUAAUUGAUUCAGAAUUCAUAAUUAUUAUUUAUACUUAUAAUCGUGGAUCAGCCACGAACAUUGCCUCGAAAAGAUAUCUGCAUCAUGCGACAGUAGCCCAAAGCAAAGAUGAAAUUUUUGGAAUUUGCGUGGUAAAUUGACAUAUUUUGCAUUGUUUGGAAUACAGUUGUAAACCAUUAUGGACUUUCGAGUGAGUAAAAAUCAAUUUACGAGUUCGUGAAGUGAAUAACUUCACAUCUCCGAUGUGGUACCACUUCUGCUCUGCAUUCGGUGGUAACGCUGGAUGUUAUCUGCCAACUGUCAAGAAGCAUAGAUUGGCCGGCACCAAAAUUGGGUCCAUACGUCGGAUGUCAAAUAUGAGCUUGGCGUUUGCUUCUGGUAUACACACAAGUUUGUAUGUGUAAAUAUAUGAAAACCCGGCAUUCAGAAAGAAUCUAGAUGUUGCCUUUUGCUUUCUAUAAUCCACAAAUAUAUAAAUUUGGGUGUAAGCGUCAACUAGAGAUGGUCGGGUUCGGGUUUUUAGACCCGAAACCCGGACCCGACCCGAACCCGACGGGUUUCGGGUCGGGUUCGGGUUCUAUGAAUUUAAGCUUCUCGGGUUCGGGUCGGGUUCCGGGUUUUGAAAUUUGAAAUUCUCGGGCUCGGGUCGGAUCCGGGUUUUUAAAAUUUUGAACUUUCGGGCUCGGGUCGGGUUCGGGUUUUUCAAAUUAGAAAUUAUCGGGGUCGGGUCGGGUUCGGGUUUUGAACAAAGCAACCCAACCAUUUCUUGACGCUGUCUAUACACAAGACCCAGUUUUUUUUUAUACUUCGUGAUACGAAUGGAAGACACAUAUAACCGUACCAAAUGGUAGCACCUUUAAGGUUGCACAGAGAAUGCGUAAAAUUCGCAAACGAAAAAAGCAGUUUUUUUCCACACCGUAUGUCAGAUCUUCAUAAAAAUCAAUCAGCAUAUGUAGAAUGUUGUUACUGUACUGCUGAUUGAUUUUUAUGAAGAUCUGACAUACGGUGUGGAAAAAAACUGCUUUUUUCGUUUGCAAAUUUUACGCAUUCUCUGUGCAACCUUAAAUCGCUAGAAUUCGUCGUAUUUUCUGGUGCUCAAAUAUAGUAUUUUUUCAUUCUUGUAUAAAAUUCUGUAUCUUCAGAUUCGCAAACUGACUGAAUUAUUUUAUGUUUUAAAAGAACAUUCAUGAGAGAGCAUUCAACAAUACGUGUCUCACAUCUAAAAUCUCUUUGCGAUUUAUUUUUAAUGAUAAUUAGUAAUAAAUCAUGUCAAUAGGAAUUUAUCGAAAAAUAUUGGUUCAACUUUCUGUUUUAAAAUAUUAAUUUCGACAGGUAUUUUAAAACCGAUACGUAGGCCGCGGUCAGAGUCCAAAGCAAAGCGAGUAGAAAUCUACGGAAAGUAGAAACAAUAAAAACCAAUCUAUUGAUCCGAAAUCAAACAGUGGGUGUUGCGAGUGCACUUAAUGGUAGUACUUUUUGCUACAUAUUGAAUAAUAAUUGUCCAUUAACCCUACAACGGUUUCGUGACUUUUUCUCUAAGUAAACGGUUUUUUGGGAUACAUUCGUAGCCAAGAACUAAAAUCGCUCUAAUAUGUCUAGUUUUUAUUAAAUUUAUAAUUAAAUUGGAUAGUUUUAUUCUAAAACAUACGAUUUUUCACAAGUUUUUCGCUUACUGUGUAUCGAUGUUUUGCUUUUAAAAAAAGAUAAAAUAAUGUCUUCGGAAUUAUGCAAACAUGACAAAACAUUAACGUAAAUGGUUUUGUGGGGUACAUUUGUACCCCAAACAAACUUUAAGCGGGCACUGUUAAGUUGGUCAAAUGCAACAAAUAGGUUAUACCUGCUUUAAUAAAAGUUUAAUAAUAAUCAAAUUGAUUUAUGAUAAAGAAUGCUUGCAGUUAAAAUAAACUGUAACCAUUGACCAGUGUCGCCUAGCCGGACAAAACCUCAAAAUUUUAUUUUAGAUUUUUCAUGAUUUAACAUUUUUCCCUGUUUCUUAACAGGUUGAAUAAAGUCUUCUCAAAAUAUAAAGUCCUGAGGGCGAUAGUUCGAUUUUUUACAGAACUUCAAAGGUGAAAUAGAUUAUCAAUUCUGAGAAACAUUGUUUUCAAACCUAAGUUAUUCAAAUGAAUAUACAUUUUUAGUUAUGACUCCGAUUUGGAUUGAACUGGUUUCAUUUUAAAGGUUAUUCGCUGGACUUAUAGUUGCCAUUCGAUUCAGUCGAUACAAGCCUUUCUUCUCGCUCAGACAUGAGGAACAAAUAAUAAAUCGCGCAAUAAAUUAAAGUUAUAAUAUUCAAAGUGGCUGUACUUUUUUUUGAAACAGUUCGGAAAGAUCGCUUGUUGUUCAUGAUACUUGAAAAUUAGUGUACUUUCCGAAAAUAAAUAUCUUGUUUUGCCCCUUUCUGCCCCGAGAUAUGAAAAAAGGUGAUUUUUCAUGAUAUGUCUGAAGGAGACGCAUGGUAGCCUUUGAUUACCCAAGUUUCGUAAUAUAAUUUAUAGAUGUGUCUUAUCAUUAUUAACAAUUGAAAAAAUGUGUAUUCUGUUAAAAAAUUCACCGCUCCUAAUUUAUUGAAAAUGAAUUUUAUAUUCGUAAAUAUUGAAUUUUCGAACCACCCUAAGUGCCAAAAUUUUGUGGCAAUAAAAAAAACAAAAAAUAAACAUCAAAUAUGAAUUCAGCGUCACAAAAUUACCUUAAUGUAAAGUUUUCAUCAAAUUCAGGCCACUUUUGAGAUUUUGUCCGACUUUUGUAUGGAAGGUGAUCACUGUGUGCUGUGGUAAAUUACCAUAGCUAACAUGUGAUAAAUUAUACAGAACUGCCUUGCAGGAAUGGUUUUACAUUUCCUAGAAAAGAAAUGUAUAGAAUUCGCUUUUGAUACAAAAUUAGAAAUUUUGGUUAAGUACGACGGGUAAGGUUGUUUGAAACUGUCACCAUUAAGUUUUUUGUUUCCCCAUGAGUUAGCGACCGAUUUAUUCUACAUUUCAGUUAGUAUAUCGACAAUUUGUAAGUUUCUCAUAACAUUACAUAUUCGACGUUCAAUAAUAGCAAAUAAAAAUGCGGAUUUUACUCGCCAGUAAUUUGUUAUAACUCAACGCGUAUGGUGCUACUUCAGAUUCGAAUGAUUCUACUAUUCUAGGAUGAGCCUAGGUUGCCUAAAAUUGAAAAUCUUCGAGAUCUCUUAUGGAUUCUCCAUAUUAGCACGUUGGGUUCGGAUCGGGUUUCUCAAAUUAAAAAUUUUCGGGUUCGGGUCGGGUUCGGGUUUUCAAAUUUUAAAAUUCUCGGGGUCGGGUCGGGUUCGGGUUUUACAAAAUAUUCAUUCUCGGGUACGGGUCGGGUCCGGGUUUUAUAAUUUUAAAAUUUUCGGGCUCGGGUCGGGUGCGGGUUUUUCAAAUUUUAUAAUUUCGGGCUCGGGUCGGGUUCGGGUUUUUCAAUUUUCAAGCUCUCGGGUUCGGGUCGGGUUCGGGUUCGAAAAAAAUGAAACCCGACCAUCUCUAGCGUCAACAUUGCCGAAGACUGCAAAUUAAUCCGAUUUUGUAGUAAAAAGAUAUUUUCAUAUAAUGUUAUCUUUUUCUCGCACAUGCUUAGAAUAGAUUUUCAAUAAUUCUAUGAACCUUUAAAGCCCUUUUCCAGUAACUUCCAAUCAAUAUGCAACCUUCAGCAGAAGUGAUUGUUAUAAAUUAGGUUAUGUGGCCAUAAAAUUUGAGGUAUACAAAGUUACUGCUGUGGGAUUUUUUUUUAUUGAAAUUUGAGUUUUUAUUUCAGAUUUUCAUAUAUAUUACUAUAGAAUCUUAAAAUCUCUUGUGAGUGAACUACACAGCAAAAAAAGUAUCUUUACGUCUUGCCAGAUGCACAUAAAAGGAGCGUUCCAAUUCACAUAAAUUUACAUUUAAUUACAUGUAAAAAUGUGAGUUGUUCUGCUUUUCCUAUGUCAUUCAGUCUGAAUUUUACAUCAAAAUUUAAUUAUUUAUAUUUUAUCAUGACAUGUAAAAUCCUAUUAUCAGACAGAAAAAAUACGUCGCUACGUUGUUUACGUCAAAUGUAAUUUUCAUUUUCUCUAAGUGUUUAGAGUUGUCGGAAUAAGCUCAUGUUUGGCAUAUGGUUUGUGGCGCCAAUUACCAUUUGAUUUAGCGGUGUUCCGAAAAAAGGUCGGAAUUGUUACCGGUCUAAUGUUGCUUAUUCCAACAACAAUCGUAUUUACCAUCAGCUUGAUCGAAAAUCUGGUUACUUUCUUCCAAAAUCGCAAAAUGAAGACACACGAACUGACACGACAAAUCGAAUCUAUUAGUAACAUAUAUUGCCUGUUUCCGACGAUUUCUUGUUUAUUGAUCCACGAAUUCAUCAUGUCCCAAUAGGCGACAUGGUAUUGAAUGUCGUAAACAUUGCAUGUCUGGUUGUGAGACUUUGCCAUGUUCCCGCACCGCUUCCUACGUCCGGAAAAAAAACUGUAAACGAUUGUGAAAAAGAGGUGGUCACAAUAUGCGUGACUCCUCUAAUUGUUUUUCUUUUGGUAUGUUUUUUUAUCAGAAUAUUACGCCGGUUUGUAUACAGACUGUAUACAGUGUCACUAUUUCACUAUUUAAAACAAAAUUAUAUGAGUCGUGUUGAACCAUGAAAAAAUAUACGCCGCAUUAGAAAUUGCGCAAUGUUCCUUAACUUAUUACUACUUUUAUAAAAGUUUAUGCUAACAUUAGAAAAAAAGAGAAGAAAUAUUGCUUUCAAUAGUUGAGAAAUUCGAUUAGUAAAAUUAGCCCAGUAAUUAAAUGUGACCCCGUACUGUGUAUGUUGUAGUCAAAAGGUCAUUUACUAUUGUAUUGAAAUUACUAUUACAGAUAGAAAACCUAAAGGAUGUAGUUGAGAACUGAUUAGUAGUGAUAACUCAAUCAAUUGUUUUGUCCUUCAUCUAAGACUAAUUAUUAUUGAUAUGUGAAUUCAAAUUCAACAUAUAAGUGAAAUGAAUGACAAAUGAAUAGCUUCUAAAUGUACAACAUUCACGUACAAAUACAGUGGGCAGAAGAAAAUCAAAAGUUCGCAUUGCGUUAUUGCCACUCAUGUUAUACGGCCAAAAGACAAAAAAAAUGUACUGUAACUAACGCGAAUCAAACUAGUUUACGCAUUUAGAGUUAGUUUGUAGAAGAGAUUUUUCUACUUAAGUUGAUUUGGUAUGUUUAGCGAACGAUAACGAUGUUAUUAUGUAAUCUUGUUCAACUUAGGUCUAAUUUGUGUAUGAAGAAAUACGGCAAGA